AUGACAAUAGAGAAAAAAAAGAAAAAGAAAAAUGAAACUAGUAUGAAGAAAAGCAACAAUGCUGGUGUACUACCUCUCCACGACGAAAAAAAACGGCCAUCGAGGAGUAACAGCGUAGGUUCAAAGGAAAACGAGAAUGUCGUCGCCCAGGGGAAGAUGGGACAGCCCGGCGGGGGCGCCAAAGCGGACAAAAAGGAAAAGGCUGGCCGAAAGGAUAAGAAAAGUACACAAGUCACGCGCGACACACAAGAUGCAAAUGCCAAAGCACGCGUAAAGAACAAGGGGAGAAGCAAUAAAAAGAGCUCUGACCGGGCGGGUGCCUACAAAAGUGCGAAAAAAGAUUUGAACGCUCCACCGGUGAAACGCGCUAUGGGAAAAAUUGGCCAAAGGAAGAAUCCAAAGGGAAGGAAGGGCCAAACGGGGCAGCAAACAGGAGAAGAUGGCCAAACGGGGCAGCAGACAGGAGGACAUGACCAAACGGGGCUGCAGACAGGAGGAGACUGCCAACCGGAGCAACCAAUCAUUAAAAGAGAACAAUCAUCCAAACGAAUAAGCUCCGCAAACGACAAAGGGGAAGGAGAAGCUUCACCAAAUGAAAGGAGCCUGAUAGCCAUUCAACCCAGUCUGCUGAGCUUGGCUUCUUCGAAAAGGGGAGAAGCAGGAGGGGGGAGAAACAACAGCACCAUCAUAGAGGUCACUCCGUCAGGCAGCAUCGACCAAAGUUGCAUAGAAAUAAAUGGCAUACGCCUCGGUAGCGCUGCGAGCUCCAUCUUCCACCUGAGUCAAAGUGCAAAAUGGGGGGACGAGCGGGAAUCCCACGGCCUCAGCGUCAGUCCCAGCACCAGUCGCGCCAGCAGUCGCGCUAGCAGUCGAGAUGGCAGUCGAGACGGUUAUUUUCCCGGUUAG